CCCCGCGGUCCAGCAGGCGUGGGGUGGAGGUGGGAGGGCUGGCCCAAUGGGCUUUCCAAGAGCCGGCUUUUGCCGCUGAAUCGUUUGCAAAGGCAACCAGGCCGGCCGCUCAUUGGAGAGAGCUCCGUGGGGCGCAAGUCCGGCCAGCACCGCCUCUGCCCCCCCCCCCCCACUUUCUUUUUAAAUUUUUGCAUGCGGAGGGGCCGGAGCUGGAAAGAAGCAUCGGAGCCGUCCGGGCGUACGCUUGCUAGCUCUGCUUGCAAGCCGAGAUCUUCUCUGCUUCUCUCGGGACGCUGGUGCGGGCACCAUGCAUCGCUUGUCGGGGCUGAGUAGGGAAGCCGCCGUCACUCCCCCUCGCCUCCCCGAGCGCCGAGCCGAGGCCGUGCGCUUCCUCGCCUGGCUGGCCACGGGCAAAGAGCCGCGCCGCCGACGGCCCCCCGUCAAUGCCCCGCGCAGCGUCGGCCAGCCGCCGAUGGGAACGGAGAGGCCAGCCCGGUUUGGGCUUGGGCUGGCCGGUUGGAGCAGCGCCGCCGCCGAAGCCCCCGCCCUGCAGCUGAAAGAGAAGGCGCCUCGCGAGAAGAUCCUCACGUUAGAAUCCAUGAACCCGCAGGUCAAGGCGGUGGAGUACGCGGUGCGGGGGCCCAUCCUCCUGAAAGCGGGCGAGAUCGAGAAGGAGCUGCUGAAGGGUAUCAAAAAGCCUUUCACAGAAGUCAUCAAGGCCAACAUUGGUGAUGCUCACGCCAUGGGACAGCAGCCCAUCACCUUCCUUCGACAGGUGGUGGCGCUUUGCACUUAUCCCAUCCUGCUGGACAGCCCCAGUCUCCCGGAAGACUCCAAGAAGAGGGCAAGGCGGAUCUUGCAAGGCUGUGGAGGCAACAGCUUAGGUUCGUACAGCGCCAGCCAAGGAAUCAAUUGUAUCCGUGAAGAUGUAGCGGCAUACAUUGAGCGGCGAGAUGGCGGUGUCCCCGCAGAUCCAGAGAACAUCUACUUGACCACGGGAGCAAGCGACGGCAUUGCUACCAUUCUCAAGAUCCUCGUCUCUGGCGGAGGGAGAUCCCGAACCGGAGUGAUGAUCCCCAUUCCUCAGUAUCCUUUAUAUUCCGCUGCCAUUUCCGAAUUGGAUGCCAUCCAGGUGAACUAUUACCUGGACGAAGAGAACUGCUGGGCCCUAGAUGUGAACGAACUACGCCGCUCCUUAUACGAAGCCAAAGCGGAUUGUAAUCCCAAGGUUCUUUGCAUCAUUAAUCCUGGAAACCCCACAGGUCAAGUUCAAAAUAGAAAAUGUAUCGAAGAGGUGAUACACUUUGCCUGCGAAGAGAAGCUGUUUCUUCUGGCUGACGAGGUGUAUCAAGACAACGUCUACUCGGAGAACUGCCAGUUCCACUCCUUCAAAAAAGUCCUUUACGAGAUGGGACCCGAUUACUGGAAUAAUGUCGAACUCGCUUCUUUUCAUUCCACUUCCAAGGGCUACAUGGGCGAGUGUGGCUACCGAGGAGGCUACAUGGAGGUGAUAAACCUGCAUCCAGAAAUUAAAGGGCAGCUAGUUAAGCUCCUCUCUGUCCGUCUGUGUCCACCUGUCUCGGGUCAAGCUGCUAUGGAUGUCGUGGUGAACCCCCCUGUUCCCGGAGAAGAAUCCUACGCCCAGUUCAUUAAGGAAAAGGAGUCUGUCUUGAACAACCUCGCCAUGAAAGCCAAACUAACCGAAGACUUGUUCAAUCAAGUGCCGGGGCUCCACUGCAACCCACUUCAAGGGGCCAUGUAUGCGUUCCCACGGAUUUUUAUCCCAUCCAAGGCCAUUGAAAUAGCAAAGGCCCAUCAAAUGGCUCCCGACAUGUUCUACUGUAUGAAACUUUUAGAAGAAACUGGAAUCUGUGUUGUACCCGGAAGCGGGUUCGGCCAAAGAGAAGGAACGUAUCACUUUAGGAUGACUAUUCUCCCACAAGCAGAGAAACUAAAGAUCUUAUUGAAGAAAGUGAAAGAUUUCCAUAUAAAAUUUCUGGAGGAAUAUUCUUAAAAUAAAGACUCUUUUUUUAAAAAAGACUGUUAUCUUUGAAAGUGUAUUCAAGCGGCGAGAGAAAAGAAUAUGCUUUUUAGAGGGGGCCGUCUUUUUUUAAAUCAAAUUCAUGAUAGAAUUACAAUUACUGGAGCUUCAGUUUGAUAGAAAAGACUAAUAAAAUACUGGAACGAAUUUACGAAAACAAGAUAUGGAAAAUGCAUUCAAAGAAUGAUUAACGCAAUCAUUGGUUGCAAACUGGGAUGUUGCAAAAUUUGCCAUUGUCCCACAGCAUGAAAGUCAAACUUAAUUAGGUUGGACAUUUGGGUGUUGAUAAACAUUCUUCUAUGCUUAUCUUUAAAAAUAGAAGAUACCACAAUACCCCUUCCUAUCAAACCAAAUCAGAAAACUACAGUUGUACAGGUAAACUAAAGGCACAGAUGAGUUAUUUUGAACUCUUCUGGUCAAGCCUGUCCAUGGGAAGUAGACAGAAAUCUUUUGCAAAUAGAAGUAUUAAAAUCUCCUGUUUCGUGAUCAAAUAAGAGGCCCAAUAUUUUGUUCCGACAAUUUGAGUGCCUUUUGAAUUCCUGGCGAGGUUGCCUCCACAUAUAAAAUACAACAUUUAUCUUGUUUGAUAAGAAGAACACUCACUUCAUCUGUUUACAAGCAUGGCUGAAAAAUAAAUAAAAGGAGGGGAGUUAGAUUAUAACAAUACUUCAAUUCCUGCUUAAUUUUAGCCAGCCGUUUCCAAACUAGAAAUAUAUCGAGUUUAAGCUUCCUUUGGCUAUGAUGCGCAUGAGGUCUUAAGAAAUUGGGAGGCGAGGAACAACUUGGUUGCAGUCAUCUGAAUAGGAAUAUUUUGGAAAAUAAAUGCCUGGUUAUUUUGGAUAAAAUAUCCAAACCAAAAGAAGAAGGAGGCCUUGUUGGGAUAUUGGAUUACAUUUUUGCAUGGUAAACACAAGUUGAUAACGGAAGAAUAUUUGCUCUUGGUUUUCUUGAUUGCUGUUCUUUAUGAAAAGGUUUCUUAUCGCUCUUGAAUCAUCAUCAAGAGGCCAACAUAAAUAAGAUUGAGCAAUAAGAAAGGGUCCAAUUUGAUGUUGCCUCCCUGAAUAUUCAGAUGCCUUCAGAACUGUCACUUGAAUUUAAAUAAAUACUAGACUGGGACUUGGCUUGGAAACUUGGUCUGUUUCAAACUGUGUUCCUGGUUUUCGAAUUUCAACUGCUCAGAAGCCAUUCACUCACGUCUCUUAAUCGGGUAAAUGUUUGAUGUAUUAAAAGGCUGAUCUAUGGAUAACCAGUUCUUGUAGCAGUACAUAAAAACAUAAAUAAUCGGACAGGAUAGGAAAGAGAAUGCUUUUCACAUGACCAAAUGGAAUUUUGCUUGCUAGUUUGAUCCAUGUUUCACCUCUAUGUCAAGCCUCUAAUGAGAUUCGACCUUUACAGUAGAAGGAAAAAUUCACAUGGAGUUUCGCUGAAUUCCAGAAGAAGAAAAGAUUAAAUGUCCUCAUCUUAGCGAGUUCGUUAAGGUGGCAUCUCCAAGGAUAGUUUGAGCUUCUUUUUCCCAGAUUGCUUCACCGAAGGGCUAAUGGCUCUUUGCCAGAUAACACUGAAAUAGCCAUUAGCUGGGUUUUGAAAUACCUCUUCUCAACCUUCAGGACUUCUCUUACACUUGGGUAUCAUAAAAUAAGAUUUAGAAUUGCUUCCCAUCUAAUGCUCUUCAGUUACGAUGGGAGUUACGGAUUAGACACAUUUGAAGGUUACUCAUAUUGAUGUUUGCCAUGUUAGUUGAGUUGUUACAAACAAUAUCAUAAAUGUACCAUCAGUACUCAAAAGGUUUCAGUCUUCACUACCAAGAUUAUAUGUUAUUUUGAGUAGCUGAGCCAUUUUCCAAAAGCUUCAUAUUAAACAUCUUUUCCGUUGGAAAGUACUAGCUACAUUAUUUUCUUAAUGAUUAUACUAUGCUAAGUUCUGUUGAAUUCUGAACUGACCUCCUUAGAUUGUACUAAAAAUUACAGUUGGCUGGCUCUUAAAUCAUAUUUGGUAUUUUAUUGAUGACAUCAAUUCGUAAGAAGAUGAUAGCAGUUCUCAAAGCAGUGGCAAUUUCCCCCCAAAUCCAUAAAUUGCCAUACACUAAAUGCAUGUAGUCACUCAAUGCAAGAGAAUACUAUGCUUCAUCCUGAGCAGUUGCAAUUAAAAAUAUAUCUAUUUUUGUAAGUAAGUAAACAUUUUCAUAUGGUACGGAUGGGAAUUGAGCAUUUCUAUUGUUUUUUAUUCUCUUGUGUUAACUUUUUAAUGCUAUUGAAAAUUAUGUCAACUUUACAUGUUUCUAAGUAAUGCUUUUACAGAGAUAUUUCUUUUCUUUGUACUUUUUAAAAAUGGGAAGUAGUCUUACUUUUCAUUUAUUCCUAACUGUAAGACAUCAACUUCUAGUUUUCCUUGUGUUGAAAACUGUAUUUUACGGUGCCUUUUGAUUUCUGAUAUUAUUACAUCUCUGAGCAUAGUGCAUAAUAUAAUCAGUUAAUUUAUUUAUCACAUUUGUCAUUACUGCAAGGAAAUUAACAGGCCACUUAAUUGUCCUUGGCUAGGGAUGGCCAUUCUCUUAGAUCUGCUUCCAAGCCUCGAUGGAUAUGAUCCCCAAAUGGUUUCAAAAUAAUUAAACUAUGGGAAUUGUUUAUUUUUUUUACGUCAAGAACGAUUACCAAGGCAAGCAAACAGUGUGAUGUUCGGUUAUAGGUUUGUUUUUCCUAUUUUCAUCCUGUUUUCUGAUGACUUUUUAAAGAUCUUUACAAAUAAAAGAGCUAUUAUGAA